GAAACCGUCCACGGCGCUCGUGCGGCGGGACCACCGACUGCCAUCAAAACCACAAUCAAACCACGAACGUUUCAGUCAUUCACAGUUAAAUAAAUGAUAUUUUAAUAUAUAUAUUUUUGAAAAGUGCAGUUUCCCGAUCAGUCAAUGCUUCCAGGACUAUGUUGCAAGAAAGCGGGAACUUGAUUUUGGAUGACAGGAGGAUCUAUGCAGGGUUAUCGUUAUUUCCAUUGUUUUGCAUCUGGUGAAAUAGUUUUAAGAGCAGGAGAAGGAGAGAGAGGUGGGGGUGGCCACACUCGGUCGCCUUUCGCCCGCUCUACUUGGACUAACUGUCCCUAUUUUUUGUUGUUGUUGAGCGGGGUACCGAGAAGUGCCUGGCCGUCCCCCGGUGCAGCGUCACGGGAGUUGUAGUUCCGGUGCUGACGGGGCCGCAGCGUCGGCGAUGGCGAGCAGGUGGAAUGGGGACUACAAGUCCCGGCGUGCCCGGCGGGUCGCCAUUUGUAGGCUGCUGAACGUCAACACAACAAACGCUCAGUAAAUGUCGCCGUGUGAACUUGCUGGAAGAGACCAAAACACGACAUGAGGAAACUAAAAAAUAUCUGACACCCGCUCCCCCCCUCCCCCUCCCCCUUCUCUGCGGGGAACCCCUCUUCCCGAAGGCGUGAAUCGUUUAAGCAUCGAUGGAGUGACAACCAUGGAUUACGAUUUUAAAACGAAACUGGCGGCGGAGCGAGAGAAAGUAGAAGAUUUGUUUGAAUAUGAAGGUUGCAAAGUGGGUCGUGGUACCUACGGUCAUGUUUAUAAAGCAAAGAGGAAAGAUGGGAAUGAGGAGAAAGAGUACGCUCUGAAACAAAUCGAAGGAACUGGCAUUUCCAUGUCUGCGUGCAGAGAGAUUGCGUUGCUGCGAGAGUUGAAGCACCCGAACGUGAUUGCCUUGCAGAAGGUAUUUCUUUCACACAGCGACAGAAAAGUAUGGCUCCUGUUUGAUUACGCCGAGCACGAUUUAUGGCACAUUAUCAAGUUCCAUCGUGCCUCGAAAGCAAAUAAAAAAGCUGUGCAGUUGCCUCGGGGAAUGGUUAAAUCACUGCUUUAUCAAAUACUUGAUGGAAUUCAUUAUCUACACACAAAUUGGGUUCUGCACAGAGACUUGAAACCAGCAAAUAUCCUGGUAAUGGGUGAAGGUGCGGAGCGGGGGUGUGUGAAAAUAGCUGACAUGGGAUUUGCCAGGUUGUUUAAUUCUCCGCUGAAACCUUUGGCUGAUUUGGAUCCAGUGGUGGUGACGUUUUGGUACCGUGCGCCGGAGUUACUGCUGGGAGCCAGGCAUUACACAAAAGCAAUCGAUAUUUGGGCCAUUGGGUGCAUUUUUGCAGAACUGUUAACAUCGGAACCCAUUUUCCAUUGUCGGCAGGAAGAUAUCAAAACGAGUAACCCUUUUCACCACGAUCAGUUGGAUCGUAUCUUCAGCGUUAUGGGCUUUCCUGCAGAUAAAGAUUGGGAAGAUAUCCGCAAAAUGCCUGAAUAUCCAACCCUGCAGAAAGACUUCAGGAGAACAACUUAUGCAAACAGCAGCCUGAAUAAAUAUAUGGAGAAACAUAAAGUCAAGCCUGACAGUAAAGUCUUUCUUCUGCUGCAAAAACUCCUGACCAUGGAUCCAACAAAGAGAAUCACCUCUGAACAGGCUCUUCAGGAUCCUUACUUCUUGGAAGAACCUUUGCCAACAACAGACGUGUUUUCCGGCUGUCAGAUUCCAUAUCCAAAGCGAGAAUUUCUAAACGAGGAUGAACCGGAAGAGAAAGGAGACAAGAAUCAGCAGCAAACACAGCAGCACCAGCAGACAGCCCAGCAGAACCAGCAGCAGCAGCAGCAGCAGCAGCAGCAGCAGGCCGCACAGCAACAAAGCAGCUCGCAGACCAACGGCACAGCGGCUGGGGGCACUGGUGGUGUCGGCAGUGGUACGGCUGCGGGGAGUCUCCAGCACAACCAGGACAGCGGGCUCAGCCAGGGACCUCCCACCAAGAAGCCUCGUCUCGGGACAUCCGCCACAUCUUCCGGCUCACAGGCCAUGGCUGCCGAUUAUCAGCACGCCGCUCCUCGCCUGAGUUACCAAAGCAAUGUCCAGGGUUCUUCCCAGUCUCAGACCACCACUGGCUAUGCUUCUUCAACCCAGCAGAAUUCUCAGUACCCUCACCAGACUCACAGGUACUGAUCAGCACCAGCCGUUCAACCAGCAUCACAGGAACAUCUACAGCAAUGUUGAUUAAUGCACAAAGGUCCCUGUAAGUGGAGUCCAAUGAACCUGUCCAUGCACGUAAAGUUUCUUAUACUCUGAAGUAUAAACUUGCAUUAUUUAGCAGAGAUUAUUAGAAAAAUGAAAUAACCUUUUAGACAGCCGGGGUCAUUUCAGUGAAGUAAUGUGUAAAUAUCUUUUAAAGAGCAGGACGGUUGAUUUGAGCUCUUUACUGAGUUCACUAAGUAUCUAGAGCACUAUGUGAUGCUAUCACAGUCUUUACACUUGCUUCCCCUCAACCUAAAUGUAGGAAUUCCAUUUUUGUAAGCUUACGGGGCAAAAAAUAUUUAAAACACACAUACACAUCACGUUUAGGUACAUCAUUAAUCACGUAACUCUUUAAGCACUCGAUGGUUUUGUGUAGAUGGCUGUUUGUGGUUUUUUUUUAAACUUGUACUUUUAAUUGAUAUAUAUUUUUCAUUUUUGCUGCACAUCUAAACCAGUUCUGCAGAAAUACCUUUUUAUUUAUUUUUUGUAAGUUUUUCUUCGCCAGGUGUUUAGAUUUGAGUUGCUCAAACGUAAAACAGGGUGGGUUGACAGCAAGUGUGAAGAGCGUUGGUUUUACCUGUUAAAGCAGCAAUGCCUGUGGCAGGUCCCAGCAUGGUCCCCACUCAAAGAUCCUAUAGCGGAGCAAGAUAGACCACUCCUACUAAAUGCAAUGGGCUGAAGUGUAGUACGCAAAGGAACGGAACGUGGGCCUUUUUUCAUCCAUUUCAGUAACCCGACCCGAC